AUGUUCAACAACGCCUUGCAGGAUGCUGUUCAACAGUCGCUCAACUCGCAUUUGGCUCUGUCUGACUACACUGAGCGCUUGCACUUUGUCGUCGUCAACACUCCCACCAUCCCCAUCAUCUCAGUCAAUUCCCACACCACACACCCCUUGUCUUCUUCAUCCAAAUGGUCUCCCUCAUCUCACUCCUUAGUCAAUGUACUCCGUUACCCACCGCUUCAAGUCCCAACUCGCCCUGAAGACGACAUGAAAAAUGUGUCAUUGAGUGUGUGGAGUGACUUGGGAUUAUUGUGA